AUGACUGUUCUCCUGAACCCAAAGGGAACAGCCAUUGCAUCGAGAAGGGGGAUGGAGAAAAUCAUCUACGACUUCUACUCUGAUCUCUUCGACAGCCAUGUCCACUUGCCUCCUCACCAUCUGAGGGAAGAUGGACAAGUCAUUCCAGAGGUUCUCCCGUCCGAAAUACGACAUGCUAUCAUGUCGGUAAGAAAUCGUACGGCACCCGGUCCCGACAGAAUAAGACCAGAACACCUGAAGAGCCUUCCGCCAGUACUCAUCAACACCCUGGCGAGGCUCUUUACACGUUAUCUGUCGGAAUGCAAGGUUCCUAAACAGUGGAAGACCAGCAAGACCGUGUUGUUGUAUAAAAAGGGAGAUCCACAUGACAUCGGCAACUAUCGCCCAAUCUGCCUACUGUCCGUCAUCUACAAGCUCUUUACAAGAGUAAUCCUUAAUAGGAUUGAAAAAGUCUUGGAUGAAGGACAGCCAUGCGAGCAAGCAGGGUUUCGAAAAGGAUUCAGCACGAUUGACCACAUUCAUAUUGUUUCGAAACUCAUCGAGGUAUCACGAGAGUACAAGAUGCCGCUCUGUCUCACCUUCAUCGACUUGAAGAAGGCCUUCGACUCAGUUGAGAUGGAAGCGGUCGUGGAAGCCUUGGAUAACCAAGGCGUCCCUACUCAGAACAUAAAGAACGCAAUGCGAAAGUUGAAAUGGGACGACAUGGGAGUGAAGGUUGAUGGUCGGCAGCUACACCACUUGCGCUUUGCUGAUGACAUCGUACUGGUAACACCUAGCAUCAGCCAAGCGGAACGAAUGCUGACCGAAUUCGACGAAACAUGUGGAUGCAUCGGUCUUCAGCUGAAUCUACAAAAGACGAUGUUCAUGCGGAACGGAUGGGUCUCGGAUGCCCCAUUCACGCUCAACGGAACGAACAUAUCCGAGUGCACCAGCUACGUUUAUCUGGGUCGGGAAUUGAACAUGAUGAACGACCUGGCUACUGAGCUGGGCAGGAGGAGACGAGCGGCUUGGGGAGUGUGUAAGAGCAUCGAGGAUGUAGUGAAGAAGACCAAGAACACACGGCUCCGUGCUCACCUCUUCAACACCACCGUACUUCCUGCAUUGACCUAUGCUUCGGAAACCUGGGCAUUUCGCAAGCAGGAUGAAAACGCGGUGAGCGUCAUUGAACGCGCAAUUGAGAGAGUGAUGCUAGGAGUAUCCCGUUUCACGCAAGUGAGGGACGGGAUUCGAAGUUCUCUCCUACGUCAGCGAUCGAAGAUUAGAGACGCCGCCGCGUUUGCCAAGGAAAGUAAAAUAAGGUGGGCCGGACACGUGAUGCGCUUUAAUGACAACCGUUGGACCAGAGCCGUGAGCGACUGGGUUCCCCGCGAUAUUAAGCGCACUACAGGAAGACCGCCGACCCGAUGGUCAGAUUUCUUCACGAAGUCCUUGAAAGAAAAAUAUGAUGCUCUUCGUGUCCCACGCGAAAGGAGGAACCACUGGGCUACUCUGGCACGCGAUCGGGACAAAUGGAAGAAUUACUGGCGCCCGCUCGACCAGUUCGAAGAUCAACGGGGGGUAAGACCGUUGACAACGGCUUGGCAUAUGCAAUUUUGUCUACAUACCAUCUAUCGGAUCGGAUCACUUGACGGAGUCUCAUGGUGCCAAAUUUGGACAUUGUUGAUUGGACCACAUCCUCAAAGAACUAUAUGUGCCGAAGCGUUGCAUACCGUCAAGAUCCAGAUUUUUGGACAUAACACGCAAAAACAGGCCAAUCGAGUGUUUCUUUGUGUGAACAUGUGCAGGACAUCAUAA